AUGGUCAGUUUUUACAACAAUCGAAUCUAUACAGUCGUAACCCAGACUGCUUCCAUCGUCGACGAAUGGAUAUCGAAAAUCUACUAUGACUUCCAUGAUAAACUUAAUAAUUUGGUUGUGGGUCUGGAUUGCGAGUGGAGGGUAAACUUUGAGAAAGGUGGUACUCGAAACAAGAUAGCUGUAUUACAACUUUGCGUUGGUCACCAAUGUCUUAUAUUCCAGUUCGCAUGUCGUGAUUACAUUCCUGCGUCACUUCACGAGUUUCUUAAAAAUGAGAAAUUCAUAUUUGUUGGAGUUGGAGUUGCUGAAGAUGGCGAUAAACUUUUUGAAGAUUAUGGAUUGUCAGUUGCAAGAACAAUUGAUCUUCGAACAUUGGCGGCAGAAAAACUGGAUUUUGAAGAACUUGAGGGGACCGGUUUGAAGGGUUUGGCAUUUACGGUUCUAAGGCGAGAUCUACCAAAGCCGAACAAUGUUACAUUAAGUAGAUGGGAUGCGAGUUUAUAUUAA